UCAGUUUUUUCCUCGCUUCUUUCGUUGUCUCCUUCUUGUGGAAAGCACAGAACACGUUGGGGGAAAUUUUGCACUUUCCUUCAAUGUUCACAUCGGGAGUAUGGUUCUCUACAGUUCCGAUGUUACAUCGUCACAGAGUUCGGAACGUGACGCAGUGACGAUAUAAUCUCCUGAAUCCGUGGAUAACCCACGGUGAAAUUAUCAAGAUGCGAGACACAGGGUCGGGCAUCAUCUACACAUCUGUCGAGGCCGUGGGUCUCGGCAUGGACGUCCUGCAGAAUGAAUCCUGCCCCUUCUGUUACGUCUGGGGAUGGAUCAUCCGCGCAGUUUACGCCUGCUACUUCAGCGUCCGUUGUGCACAGUACUGGUACUUCCUCGGACACGGAUACUCCAGCGCCACCAUCGCUCACGAAGUAUUCCUCGACGUCAUCUUCCUCACAGCCCUGGCGGUCAACCACUUAGUCAACUUGCGAGCAGCAAAUAUUCGCAGGCUAGCCAAGACAGUAGGACGGCAUGACGGACCCGUCUCCUAUUUCACCACAGUCCUGAAUCUGAUGACGUUCCUCACGUGGGGUGCAGCAGUGUUUACGACUGUGUUUGCCCAUACGACCACAGUGAACACCAGACGCGUCGAUUCUGUCUCGCCUCCACUGCGCGAAGGACUUCAAAUUUCGGCCAUUAUCCUUUCGCAUUACACGCACGGCAUACUAGUAUUUGGAAGCAUUGUGUUCUCCAUAAUCUUGUACGUGUACCUCGAGUAUGCGUUGUGCAUCAUGUUACAACACUACCGCGACGGCGUCAGAAACGCCUUGACUCACAACGGCAGAAAUUCACGCAUUGUCCAUAUCCUGCUGACAGAUUACUAUCGGUUACGAAACAUCGUGAAAGACCUCGAAGACUCUAUGAGGCAGCCGUUGAGGACAUUGUUUGUGAGCGGAACGCUUUAUGUUCUGGAUUGCGUCACCCUGUGGACUCUGAGUGAGGGUGGUGUCUCUGUGUUACUGCCAUCGAUUGUGCGAGCGGGGACCGUGGUGUCGCUGUUGUUCUUCACCAGUGACCUGGGCAGCAGGGUUAUUGUGAGCAUGAAGCGCAUCGGCAAUACUGUGAGGACUGGUGGAGAAACUGAGAAAGAGACGGACAGGGAAGUGCUGGAGACGUGUAACAGUUUUUGCAUCGAGUACUUCACUGAUCCCGUGGGCGUUGCGCUCGGAGCACGGUGGUAUUUGAGUCGCCAAUUAUUUACAGCGUGGGCCGCAGUUACGUUUCUGAUCUCUGCUGUUGCUGGGAUUGCUUGUCACUUUGCUGGGUAAAAACCCCACCAUGUUGAAGCAGCGGCACAAGCAAAGCGUCUUGAUUGUUUGCGUUUCUCGUUGGAUGCUAGAUCGCGUGACAUGUAAAGAGUGGACAAUGAACUUUUUCACUUCUUCGUACAGCUCACGUGGCAGGUUGUCUGUACAGGGUUACUCAAGAUAACGUAUGCUAGUUCUUCCGCUACGCAUAAAGCACGGAAGGAACAGGAGCCAUUGACACUCGCGAUGGGAGUGCUUAAAAUUCACGCGAAGUAUGUCGAGCUUCGAGAUUGAUUUAUUCAGCGAAUUAUAAAAAAAUCAAAACUGUUCUUUCCUGCGUAUUGUCAUUUCCCUAUUUAGCUAUUUGCUCUUGCGGUCAGGGCAUCGACGACGGUUCGAAAUUAAUUGCAGCGAAUUAAGAAAAAUCAAAACUGUUCUUUCCUGAGUGAUAUCAUUUUCCUAUUUCAUAAUUUGCUGUGGCGGUCAGGGCAUCGGCGACGGUUCGAAAUUAAUUCUAGUAGGUAUAUAUACCUGAUGUGUAUUUACAGUAUUGUAUGCUAUACUUCAGAAUUUUAAAUACGUAGCAAAAUAAUACUUUCGAUCGUCGUUUAUCCGGUAGUGGUCAUUUCCAGCGAAAAUGUCCGGAAAAAGUGACAUCCUGAGAAAUGAAACUCGAGAGCAGAUCAGUUGUCAACAUACCUAUGUUUAUUUCGGAGACAUUGGAACGUGUACACGUUCGACUGCGUAAUAUUCACAUCCCUUCAACUCUUUCAGAUGUGGUUAUGGCUACGGUCCCAUUUCCCCAUUCCCUAUCGCGUUGAAAAUUGUGUCACUACGGAUCGCCACCACCCCUUAUCCAGUUGCUGUCCAGGAGCAACGGGUUCUCUCUCUAAACAGGUUCUCUACAAAAUCCGUACUCGACAAGUCGCCGUUCGGCCUUGGGUUAUCCCGCAAGCCCAUUAUCUCUUCAGAAAGGGGAAAGUCAAUGUUGAGAGGUGGGUGGAAUGUUUUCCGGAAGGUCGUAUCUCCUACGAAGCAAACAAGCAAGACGGUUUUGGUAAAACACGAAGCACCGCAGUACAUUACACUGAGUCAGUGUCACAGCAUGUACCACAGACAUGUGGUACGUGCUGUCACACGUGCUGUGUUUGCUUGCUUGUCACACUGUUAAAGCACAACAUAAAAGCAGUAGCAAUUCUGCAAAAGCAUCUGUGUUGAGCAUCGGGAAAUAAAAAUUCUAUUGAGUUCCUUUUGAGCCCACUCAAUUCACACUAACAUUCCAUUGAGCUUCUGUUGACUCAAAAAGGGAUCAACAAGAUGUUCAUAGCAAUUCAAAACUCAUUUUCAUAAGGGAUUAUUUUCGCCUUGCGUAAAUUUUGAGACGUCGCAACUAGACAGCGGUUCAAUAUUUUUAGUUAAACUUCGGCAAAUACCUAUUGGUAGGACGGAGUAGCUAUCUAUGGUGUUUUCUUUUUGUGUUUUUGCAAAAGAACUGAGAGGGGUCAAGCAGGACCUUUUGGUCACUUAGCGUGGAAUGACCCUUUGCCACCCCCGGUUGAUGAAAUGGAGAUCACGCGACGGGAUAUUUUAGCGAAUACGAAUCAGUCUACAAAAGUGAUACCAUAAAGGAAGCUAUCGGCGAAAGACCAUUACUGUGCUAUACAAACGAAUAAGAUGAGAAUAUCACGAUUUUGUAACCGUUAUCGUGAACAUGCAUCUUCCAACCAGCUGAAACUUUUUUUUUAUUUCCUUGUUAG